CAGUACUUGUGGGCAAAGUUGAAAGAACAAGGGUUUUGCAAAAACUGUGUUCACGUGGUUUGAAAAACGUUGAAGAUAACCUAGAGUUUUUUUAAAGGUUACAUUUGAAGGUUCGUUUCUUGUUGCUUGACAAAGUCGUUGAACAUGUCACUCCCUAUUAUUCAAGGCAAUUUGUUUCCUUCAAAGGAGGAAUCGCAACAGGUGCAAUUUAUCGUUCUAUUACUAUGACGCACUAGAAUAAUUUAUGAUCAAUUAAGAGCAAUAUAAAAACAUUCCCUUCUGUAUCUUUUUCAACUAUCCUUUCCCGAGUUGCACUUCAGUUCACUUUCCAUAACGCACCGACCAUGUUCUCUCCGCCAAGUGUUCGUCUGCUGAUGGUCCCACUGGCGUCGGUGCGGUCCUUGCUGUUCACGUUCAGGAAAACCUGUCGAGUGUUUUGCGAAAAUACCUCCCUUCACGGACUCAAAUACGUCGUUGGAACUGGAUUUUACGAAAAUUCCGGCCACCAACGGUUAGCCCAAGUGACGUGGGCCAUCAUUUCACUGCUCGGGAUUGUGUUCACCAUGGUUAUGAUGAAGCUGUCCUGGGUGCGCUUUGGGAGUACGCCGACGAUAACCACCAUCGAAACGACCACCUAUCCCAUCUGGAACAUUCCGUUUCCGGCGGUAACGAUCUGCAAUAUCAACAAAAUUGACCGGAGCCGGACGAGGAACUUGACGCGGCAGUUGGAAUCGCUCGGACUAACACACAAUCAAGCGAUCAACUUGCUGGUGGCAAUGGCCAGUUUGGUCAAUUUCGAUGCAAUCAACGCCACGUACACGGAACAUGAAAAACUGCUCGGUAAGCUGGGCUACAAUCCGCAAACAAUGCUGCUGGACCUCAACCAGCCGUGCCCUUCGCUAAUCCGCUACUGUUACUGGCUCGGACAGGAAGUUCCGUGCGACAAGUACUUCCACGUCACCAAAACCCACGUGGGCUUCUGCUGCUCGUUCAACGUGGUCCCAGCCAUGCUCGUGGGCAACAAGGCCACCCAGCUGUCGACGCGAGGCUCCACCGACAUCCGACUUUCUGGGGCCGGUAAGCACGUGGGGUUGUCCGUUACGGUAGACAUCGAACCGCAGAAUUACAUGGCCCCUACCAAAUCUUUUUUCGGGGCGGAGGUUUUCCUUCACAGUCCGAACGAUUUUCCCGCGGAUUCCGAUUUUGAGGACACGCUGCAGCCGGGCUGGGACGUGGACUUUUGCGUAACGCCAAUGCCGAUCGAUAGUAGCGAUUCGCUGAGGAGGGUUCCGUUGAAGAAGCGACAGUGCUUCAUGGAGGGCGAGGGAACUGUCCAGUCGGGUAGUCCGUUCAGCUCGAAUCUGUGCAUGUCCGAGUGCCGGCUGAGGACCAUCGUGAAGCUGUGCAACUGUGUGCCAUUUUUCUAUGCGGAUUUCAACAUUUCAGAAACAGAAGGAGUACAAUUAUGUACUUUGGCAAAUGUCAACUGUUUGAGGCAUUUUAGAAGUAAAUUUAAUAUGUUCGAACUGUUUAUAUUAAUUAUAUUCUUAUAUAUUAAUUCUAUUGCAGAAGACUUUUACAGCUUGAAGCCACCUCGGGGAAUUUCUGGCGAACACUUGAGGUUUGAUCUUGGCAUGGAUUGUGACUGUAUGCCGUCGUGUUCGUUCUUGAACUAUCAGGUUCAAAGUAUUUCUAGUAGGAGAAAAGCUGGACCAUUUGCGGCUUCAUCAUAUUUUGGCGGUCGCAACGUGUCCAGCUUCGCCACCCUGCACGUGCACUUCAAGGACCUGUACUGCGUCAAGUAUCGGCGCGAUGCGUUCAUGACCUGGGACGUGCUGCUGGCCGCAUUCGGGGGCAUCUUUGGCCUGUGCAUGGGCGGAUCGGUGCUGAGCGUGGUGGAACUGUUGUACUACUUUUUCGUCAAACCGGUCACGUUCUACAAGCAGGAUCAGAAACGGCGGGAAGCUCGAGGAAAUGUAUUGGAUGUGAGGGGGCGAUCACGGAUUGGACAAGGCUUUCAACCGGGUCGCUAUCCGGUGGGGUAUUUUGACCGGAAGAAAGUGAUCAUGAGAGAUCGGAUGAGUGCAAAGGGUAAGAAAAAGGGAAUGGGGAUUUCAUCGUUUGGAUCGUUUAGUAAGGGACGUCAGAGUAAUGAACCGGAAACGUUAUUUCUGUAUUGAUUCGGGACUCAU